CCCUAGCAAAAUUCUAAUCGGCAGCCGCAUUGAAGACAAUAAUAAUAAUAAUAAGCGUCUCAUCUCUGAUCCCGAUUUCAGCUAUGGCGACAGCGAAAACCGUCAAGGACGUCUCUCCACACGAGUUCGUCAAGGCUUACUCCGCCCAUCUCAAACGAUCCGGCAAGUUGGAGUUGCCUCAUUGGGUUGAUAUUGUCAAGACUGGUACAUUCAAGGAACUUGCUCCUUAUGAUCCUGAUUGGUAUUAUAUUAGAGCAGCUUCAAUGGCAAGGAAGGUUUAUCUGAGACAGGGUCUUGGAGUUGGUGCAUUCAGGAGGAUUUAUGGAGGAAGCAAAAGAAAUGGAAGUCGUCCACCUCAUUUUUGUAAGAGCAGUGGAUCUGUUGCUCGUCAUAUUCUUCAACAGUUGCAAAAAAUUAACAUCAUUGAUGUUGAUCAAAAGGGGGGGAGGAAAAUUACAUCUAGUGGACAGAGAGAUCUUGAUCAGGUUGCUGGAAGGAUUGUUGUUGCCCUUGAUGCUUGAUCAUCAUUAUCAUCAAUGUGUUGAGGAUCUUAUUAUUAAUCAGAUUUUGGCUCCACUUUUUUCUUCUCUUUUAGUUCUACUUUUACUUGCUUCUUCUUCUAUAGACUCUUUCUUUUUGUUGAAUUGUGAUUUUGAAUUUCAUGUUGUUGGGUUGAGGCAAUUGGGAACAUUAAGCUAGUGAGAAUCAGACUUUGUUCUCAUUAGAAUUGAAACUUGAUUUAUAAAUUAUUCUUAUUUCUCAU